AUGACGACUAAAAACAGAUCACUCGAUGGUUCUAAUAAAACUAAAUCAAACGAGUCGAUUUGGAAGAAAGCGUUAAGCUCAGACACUGAAUGGCCCGACAAGGACGAAUUCUUGGAUGUUAUCUAUUGGAUGCGACAAGCGUUAGGCAUAGUUUUAGGUCUGUGCUGGGGUAUUCUGCCUUUGAAAGGACUUUUCGGUUUAUUGCUCUUUGUGGUCUUGAAUGCUGCGGUAAUCUACAUCUAUGUCAGCAAUUUCCAUAAUGUUGAUGAAGAAGAAUUUGGAGGCAUGUGGGAAAUAACUAAAGAGGGCUUUAUGACCUCGUUUGCUGGCUUCCUGUCACUGCUGCAAGUGCCGCUGUGUCAGAAAACGACUGAUUCCAUCAAAUUGAAGCUUAAGGAAAUCGAUUUAUUAGAGGUGCUUUUGGAUUCAUCCCGUGUAUUUAACGGCGAUGAAAUAAAUUAUCUUCUUUGUCCGAAGACAGGAGUUGUAUUAGCUCCUAAAGGCGAAAAAAACGUCUACGAGAUAAAACCAUCAAGAACGAUCACGGCAUCGAGAGUUAUUAAUGGAUUUAGAGCUACAGGCCUCGGGCCGUGGAAUGUGAACGCAGUGGACUAUACGAAAUGUCUUGGCAAAGCUAAUCUUCAGCAUGUAGGAACUUCUAACGAAGUUAGCAAAAAAAAUUCAAAAGUGAUGACCCCAGUGGACUGUGAGAACAUUAUAGGAAACGGCAAAUUAAAUCCAAUAGAACAAGAUGUAUUAGGACCAGAAGAAAAAUAUUUGAAAGAUAUUUGGAACUUUUUCAUGGAAAAGCAAACAGUUACUGAUACAGUUAGUAAAAGCAGAGACUUGAGAGAAGAGCUAUCUGAUGGCGUCCCUGUACCUGCCUUAGACGUAACUGUAGCAACAGAAGAUUAUGAUGCCAAUGAACAAGGAUCACAGGAAGUUUAG